AUGGCACCAACCGUACAGUUACAUCAUGCUCGUAGCUAUAUACGAACGCCGACCGGAUUGAUUCAUGUGCUUUGCAUUUUUGUAAAUCUUGGCACACUAUUGGGUUGCGGAUUGCGAUGGACACAAGAAGGAGACGUAUACGUCCAGUUAAUAUUUGCCGAAUUUGUAUGGCAAACCUUUGUUAUGAUUUGCCUCUUCAUCUCUUUCUUCAUAAGCAUGGUCCUCUUUAUGUCAAAAAUUGCCAAUCCUACUUCAAUGUUUGCGAGGAUAACCAAUAAAAUGGCAAUAGCAUUGGUUAUGUUUUGCAUAGUCAUCGCCGGUUUGGUGUUUGUUAUCGAGCUAUGGUAUAUUACAUCCGGCCGUAAUUCAUAUACAAAAAUGUACAAAAGAAUUGUGGUUGUUAUGGUGAUGGCUUUAAUAAUGCUAGUCCUAUUGGCGGUGUUGGUAUGCUUUCUGAUGAUGCCGAUCUCCUCGAGUAUUUCUCCAAGACCAGAGCCUCCAGCUCCACAACCUUUACCGACCUACAUUUUCAAGCCAACAAAUAUCAUCGUCAAA